CGGUGUCGCGGACAUCGGCGAACACUAUACAUACUACUGUUUCUGUCACAUCUGUAGCUUGCGUUGUGAAUUCGCUAGUGUUUUUGCGUGUUUUUGCUUAUAUCGAAAAAUAAAGGGAACGCAAUGGAGACCGUGCGACCAUGCGGCUGCAAAGGGAUACGUUCUUGUUUGAUUUGUGAGACAGAAUACGAGAUCUCGAAGCCAGAUCUGAAGAAUGAAUUACAGAAAUACAAAAGUUACAUUUAUUGUCCAUAUUGUGAUAAAUUGUCACCUGGAUGGGAUAUAGACGAAUAUAAGAAACAUCCUUAUCAUGGUGGAAACUUAAUUGCUUAUCCUGGUGUUUACAUCAAGCUAGAUUUUUUAAAGAAAGAUGAAGCUGAAGUGCUCAUGAAAGCACUUGAUGAUCUCCCUUGGGAAGCUUCACAAAGCGGUAGAAGAAAACAGAAUUUUGGACCAAAGUGUAACUUCAAAAAGCGAAAAUUACAAUUAGGAUCAUUUAAUGGUUUUCCUAAAACAACACGAUUUGUACAGGAGAAAUUUAAGGAAAUCCCGUUGUUACAUGAUUUUAAAACUGUCGAGCAGUGUUCCCUGGAGUAUGAUCCUGAACGAGGCGCUUCUAUCGAUCCCCACAUAGACGAUUGUUGGAUCUGGGGAGAACGUAUAGUAACCGUGAACGUUCUUGGCGAUUCCGUUUUGACUAUUACUCCUUAUAAUGGUCCGAUAACGCGAUACAAUUUAGACUGCGUUUCACUUUAUGAUUCCAUUCUAGGAAAAGACAUGUGCAGUGAAACACAACCUUUAGAUAUUGACGAUAACAUGGUAAUACGAUUGCCGAUGCCUGCCAAAUCACUUAUGGUUCUAUAUGGUCCAGCAAGGUACAAGUGGGAACAUUCUGUGCUUCGGCAGGAUGUCACAUCAAGACGCAUCUGUCUUGCCUAUCGUGAACUAACGCCUCCUUAUCUCGAAAAUGGAGAACAUCGAGAGAAAGCCUCUGAGAUUUUGAAGCAAGCUUCACUCUUCUGGUGAUGUUAAUAUGAAACACAUUUUAAUAAUUAUCGCAUUUAUUUAUAAAAAAAUAGAUACUUCUUAAAGUUAUAUGUAUUUGACAUGUAAAUACUAUUUUAAUAGAAUAAAGAUAUUUUAUUCUUAUUA